AUGGCGCCUGCGUCGGAGUUGCGACUGCCUUCUCCAAGUCUCACACCAUGCUUUGCCACUGACAGUCCUCUACCUGCUGAGAGCCCGGAUCAAAAUACUCUGAUGCGUUCUGCAAAGGCCGUCAUAUCUGAGAGACUAGCCCAGCUGGGCAACACAACAUCCAGCAUGACCGCAAAUGCGCCGCGUGCAUACACCACGACCUCGCUGAAGCGCUGGUCUGUCUUGAACAAAGAGCUUCCGUCUGUCUCUCAAAUUCGAGCAAUCCAUGUAUAUGACUUCGACAAUACUCUUUUCCUAAGCCCACUCCCUAACCCGCAAUUAUGGAAUGGAAGUACGAUUGGAUUCCUUCAGGCAUAUGAGAGCUUCGCAAAUGGCGGCUGGUGGCACGAUCCUACCAUCCUUGCUGCUACAGGAAGUGGAACCGAGAUCGAGGAACCUCAGGGAUGGCAAGGAUGUUGGAAUGAGCAGAUUAUCCGCUUGGUGAGACUUAGCAUGGAACAGAAAGAUGCCUUGACUGUGCUAUUGACGGGCCGGGGCGAGGCCAACUUUGGCGAGCCCAUCAAACGCAUGGUGGCAAGUCAGAAGCUUGACUUUGAUUUGGUGGGGUUGAAGCCCGAGGUUGGGCCCAACGGCCAGCGCUUCAGCUCGACCAUGAAUUUCAAACAGAAUUUCCUACAGGAUCUCAUUUUUACUUACAAACAGGCUGAAGAAAUUCGUGUUUAUGAGGACCGUGUCAAGCAUGUGUCCGGUUUCAGGGAUUUCUUCGAGGAUGUGAACAGAAAAUUACAAAAUGAACCCGAUGCUCCUCGAACGCCCAUGACUGCUGAAGUGAUCCAGGUCUCAGAAGAUACCAGAUAUCUUGACCCGGCCACCGAAGUUGCGGAGGUGCAGCGAAUGAUCAAUUCACACAACCUUGCGUUGCGCAAUUCCUCUGGACCAAAGAAUCGGAUUUGUAUUAAGCGGACAGUCUUCUACACUGGGUAUUUGCUUUCUGCACAAGACUCAAACAAGAUGGUUGAGAGUCUGCUCGUACCGCUUUUGCCUCCAGGAAUGUCCGAAGCAAAUAACCUAAAAUACAUGGCUAACAGCAUCCUCAUUGCCCCUCGUCCCGCUCCGAAGUCUAUUUUGGAGAAAAUUGGAGGCAUGGGCAAAAAAUCUGGCCAGACCAAUGGGUACGAAGGCUACGUGCAAGCGCAAGGCCAAUCCCACGGCUACCAUCCUUACCAGAAUAAUCGCAAUAACUACGACGAAGGUUCCCGCAAGGGCUCUGGUCGUGGUCGUGGCCGUGGAAAUGGACGCGGACGAGGUGCUCGGGGGGGCCGUGGCCGAGGUCGUGGCGGGUCGAACCCCUACUACAAGUCCCUGGACGAUCAAACUGGAUACGAGCCAGGGAAUGAGUCCAAGGGUGGCAAUGCAGGUGGUGGGUACUCAAUGGACUACUGA